UAGUGAAGCUCCGCCCCGUUAAAUUUACACACGUGCGUAUAGAAAUGUGUUGACAUUUUUUAUCCGUGAAUUUCUCCGUUUUCACUCUGUUUCAGCUGAGUUAAAGGCGGUUAAUUUGUCCACAUGGAUCUCGCCUCUAAGGACUCGUACAUUCAGAAAUUUGCAAGCAAAGUCUUUUCUCAACGAGACCAGGAGCCAAAGAAGAGACCGUUUGUUCAUUUCAAGGGUAAAAGUGAUUCUGGUGAACCAAAGAAGAAGAAAAAAUGUAAAAAGAAACAUUUUAAAGACAAGGGCACUGAUGAAAAGACUCCCAAACCCCAAAAGAAGGCUCAGCCCUCUCCAGCAGCACAGAAAAGUCUGGCUACAGGAAAACCACAUGGACCUAAAACUGAGAGCAUAAAUGGAGCUAGGACACAGAAGCCUCAAGGAGGAAAUGUAGACUCCAGCUUCUCCACAGUAGAUGUCCUGCGCAAGAGGCUACAUGAAAAGAUUGAAGAGUCCAGAGGCCAGGGACCCCCAAAGGAUGCAUUAUCAGAGGCAGUCCAGGCAAAACGUGUAAAGCGAAAGCUCGAGCGGGAGCGCAAGAAGAGGAAGAGGAAAGAAUUUCUCAUGAAGAAACUGGCAGAGAAAAAUGGCCAGGAGCAGGUUCCAGAGAUAAAACAGGAACAACAGCCAGCUCCUGCCUCCAGCAAGCGAAAUGAGACAGCUAUUGUGUUCAACAAGGUGGAGACAGUGGAAGAGGGAUAUGUAGAUAAAAUACAGAAAAAGAAGAACAAGAAGCAGAGUGUAAAGGGUCAAGUUACGCCGCUGAUGGGGAAAAACUACAAGCAGCUGCUCAGCCGUGUGGAGGCCCGCAAAGCAAAGGUGGAACAGCUGAGGGAGAAAGACGAGGAAAAGGCCAGGGAACUGGAAAAGAAGAUCCAAUGGACCAACCUGCUCUAUAAAGCAGAGGGCAUCAAAAUCAAAGACGACGAGGACAUGCUGCGAGCCUCGCUGAAGAAGAAGGAGAAGAGGCACGAUCAGAGGAAGAAGCGCUGGAACAAACGUAGCGAGAACAUCAUAGAAAAGAUGCAGCAACGGCAGGACAAGAGGCGGAAGAACCUCCAGAAACGCAAACAAGUCAAAACGGAGAAGAAGAAAGACAGGGCGAGAAAGAAGGGCAGAGUGCUGCCUGAGGACUUGAAAAAAGCUGCAGUUUAGAGGAAAAAAAGAUAACUUAUGUCAUGUCCAAUAAGUAAAUCAGUCUCUUUAUAUUGCACUGGCUUGAUAUGAAAGUGUGUUAACUGUGCAAAUAUUGGUUCAAAUGUCCACCAUCUUGUUGUCCAGGUGUAUUAUAAUGUGUGUCAUGGUCAAUUAAAUACAUGGCAACAUC